ACCGGAGAAUCUGACGGCGGCUUAGCACCGGCGGCUACUUCAAAAAGGAUUGUUUUAUUCUUAGGCUUGAUACUUGCCUUCGAAGAACAUAACUAUCUUUUUUGUGGUAGCUAAAACGCUAAGCUCUAUCGUCAUAUCUUUAUCAUAAAUAUUUAAUAUAUAAAAUAAUAAAAUGGCCGCUCGUUCACUCGCCGGUGCCGUUAAAUCUAUUUGCUCCGCCGCAUCCAGCAGUCUUUCUCGUUCCAUUGUCAUAAGAAGGAGUUACGUAGCGACAUCGCAGAACGUGACAGCAGCAGGAUUGAGUAAGGGAGGUUCCACCAGAGUUAUGGUGGGGAAGAUGGACCAUAGAGCUUUAGAUCAAGAGGCAGAGUCUGCUUGGGGACCAGAUCCAGUCACUGGAUACUACAGACCUUCCAAUCGUGCGGCUGAGAUUGAUCCAGCUGAGCUCAGAGAGUUGCUUUUGAAAAACAAAGCAAAGUCUUUAUGAGGAUUUGAUUGGUUGGUUCCAGUGGAACGUUUGUCGUCGCAGGCCGCAGGCGAUUAUUAUGAUUUUCGUUUGUUAUGUUUUGUCUUAUAUCUCUAUCUGCUGGAGAUUAAUUAAGUAAAAAAUAAAAUAUGUUAACUAGU